AUGUUGUUUUAUCCAUUGGCUCUUCUCUCUCUUGCACUCACGGCUGUCCAGGCACGCACCAUUGGUGUAGAUGUUUCUGCCCUGACAUCCACUGCCUCCUACACCUGUAUCAAGAACCUCGGUUAUGACUAUGCUAUCAUCCGUUGUUACACUGAGGCAUAUGGCAACAACCCCGUGAUUGAUUCCAACUGUUACCAGAACUACUUGAAUGCCAAGGCUGCUGGCAUUUCCAAGAUUGAUAUCUACAUGUUCCCCUGUACCGGAAGAUCCACCUGCAAGUCUGCUGCUACUCAGGUUAACGAGCUCGUCAGCUACGUUGGUACCAACAAGAUGAUCGUCGGUCGUCUCUGGUUCGAUGUUGAAAUUGACAGCGCUGCCAACAACUGGCCCUCUACCACCACUUCCCGCACCACCCUUGCCGCCUUCCACUCUGCCUGGUCCGCUACCGGAUGGAAGUGGGGUAUCUACGCUUCCUACUACCAGUGGCAAACCAUCACUGGCUCUGCCAGCUACGUUCUCGACUCUUCCCUUCCUCUCUGGUAUCCUCACUACGAUGAGGUUUUGGCUUUCAGCGACUUCACUCCUUUCGGUGGAUGGACUACCCCUACUCUCAAGCAGUACGCUGGUGACCAGACCUUCUGCUCUGCUGGUUUCGACAAGAACUACGCUCCCUAA